AUGCAACCAAAUUUCGACCCGAUGGAUUGGACAAACGAGAUGGAGGAAAAUCCUCACCUCAGCCUUGUACCUCUUCCCAAUGAGGGAUUUGGUGGCGCUGAGGGCGAAGCAGCUCUCUUGAGUGGUAACCAACAACCAUCGGAAGAGACGCCCCAGGCCCCCAAUCUUCAUCAUGACUUUUACCCUGCCCAUUAUAUGCAUGAUGGUACUGGUCUCCAUCGCACUCAUAACAACUUGGGUUCAAUUGACGCCUCUACUGCUCCAUCCGAACAAGACAACUUUGGUGUACAUUUUUCAGGUUCCCAACCUUUUCGAAUUGCGACGAACCACAUCAGCGAUGCUUUUUCCGAUGAUGUCGCAUCAUUGCGCUUAGCUGAUACUGGACUCUUGGACAACGGAUUCUUCAGUCUCAGGUCCAUACAGCGACCGCCGAUGGACCACUUCGAGCGGAACCUUGUGUACUCAAAUGCUAUCGGUGUUAUGAACAUGGACAACGAAAAUUCUGGUCCUAUGUCCAUCCAUGCUGGCAUGAAUGCAUUUGAGGAUAUUUUGCCCAGAGAUUCGUCUUUUGUCGCAGACCUCGAGAGUGCUGAUGGUGGUUUUUUUUUCAAUGAACGAUUUCGAUAG